UUGGCUUUGGUUCACAAAUUGCUGAAUGGUACUUAUAUUCUCCGAAAAUGCCCAAAGCCAAGUGCUGCCAUGUGUCCAUUUUGGGGUAUUCGCUUUGCAGACUAUUGUUCCAGUAGUCUUCAGAAAACAACUGCUCCCAGCAAAACAUCCCCACAGAGGAAGACUGGAGGGGGUUUGCAAGGACAUCACCAGAAAGAAGUUGCUCUGGAUAUAACUUCUCCUGAGGAGGAGCUUGAAGUUAGUUUUGAUAAAGCAAUUAGAGAUGAAAUAAAGGACCAUUUUAGGCAUUUAAAGGAUGAAAUUGUGAAUCAUUGGAUAGGGCCGGAAGGCCGUCCUCUGCAUGAGGUCUUGCUGGAACAAGCCAAGGUCGUCUGGCAGUUCCGUGGAAAAGAAGAUUUGGAUAAGUGGAUAGUGACUUCUGAUAAGACGAUUGGAGGCAGAAGUGAAAUGUUCUUGAAAAUGGGAAAGAAUAACCAAAGUGCACUGCUCUAUGGGACUCUGAGCUCUGAGGCGCCACAAGACGGGGAGAGUAGCCAAAGUGGGUAUUGUGCAUUGAUAUCCAGGAAUCCAAGGGGCUCUUUUGCGAGGAAGAGGUCUUAUGAUUGGUCUCAGUUCCACUCUCUGUAUCUCUGAGUCCGUGGGGAUGGUCGGCCUUGGAUGGUGAAUAUCAGGGAGGACACAUAUCUAAUCCAGAAGAAGAAUCAGAUGUACAGUUACUUCAUGUUCACCCGUGGGGGGCCCUACUGUCAGGAGGUCAAGAUUCCUUUUUCCAAAUUUUUCUUCUCAAAUCAAGGAAGAAUCCGGGAUGUCCAGGGCAAGCUUCUGCUUGACAAGAUCUCUUCUAUAGGAUUCACCCUGGCUGAUAAAGUGGAUGGUCCAUUCUUCCUGGAAAUAGAUUUUAUUGGAGUAUUUACAGAUCCAGCUCACAUAGAAGAAUUUGCUUAUGAAAAUUCUCCAGAGCUUAGCCCAGGACUUUUUAAAUAGAGAGGAUCAUGUGGAAGUUUUGUAUUACUAAAG